AUGAAAAAACUUUUGAAAAAUGCUAUCAUAGACAUUAAGAAAGUAAAAUAUAAUGGUGAUAAGAAAUUGUCAAAUUCAAUUCAGGAAAACAUAAAACCGCUAAUUAUAAAAAAUGUACAUAAAUUUGAAAAUGAAGAUAUUCUUAAAAUUAUAGAAAAAUACAACCAAAAUAACUGUAAAGAUGAUCAAAUAUUAAAAUGUAGUUAUGACGUUUUUAAAAGCAAUGUGCACAGGUACUCAUUUGAUCAAAUUAAUAGAAUCCUUAGGCAAUACAAUAAAUCUCAAAUUAAUGAUAAUAAUUUUAAUACAUCAAUUUUUAAUUACAUAGUUAAAAGGUUAAAUGCAAUUCCUCUAUCCAUAACUGUGAAUGUGUUCAACAACUUAAUCCGAUGCCAGUUAAGAGACUACAAAAACAUUGAUAUAAUUAAAGAUUAUUUUGUGAAAAAUAUAGACAAUUAUAACACCUUAGAUUUAACAAUUAUUUUAAGUUCCUUUACUAUUCUACAAGAAGAACUUAUAAUGAAAUCAACAAACAUAUUUGUUGAUGAAAAAAGAGAUGAUACAAAUUUAAAAAAUCCGAUUUUCAAAUCAGGAAAUUAUAAUGAAAUAAUAUUAUUAAUAUUAAAUAAAAUAAAAAAUGAUGAAAAUAUUCAUAGCAAUUUAAGUGUAAUAAAUUCCAUCUUGAUUUUAAAUAUGAUAAGUAAAUUAAAUAUUAAUGAUUAUGAACUUUUCAAAAUGUUCACAAAAAAAUAUUAUAAAAAGUUAAAGGAACAAGACGUGGAACCUCAUCAUUUAACUUUAUUAUUAAACACAUUUGCAAAGUGUAAUAUAAAUAUUAAUAUUUUGAAAUAUAUUAUUAAAUAUAUGAACAAUGAUAAUUUUGUUAAUCAGUUAUCGUACGUAAAUAUUGCAAACGCUGUUCAUUAUAUGGCAAAAUUUAAUUAUAAUAAAAACACAGAUUUUUUAAAUCGUUUAAAAAAUAAAAUCAUUCAAAUAAUUGAUACAAUCCCUCAAAGGGAAUUCAGUAAUAUUAUGUGGUCUUUAUCGAAACUAAAAGUUAAAGACGAUCAUUUUUAUUUUUGUGCACUUGAAAAAACGAAAAAAAUUAUACAUUUAAUGGAUAUGAUGUCAAUAGCUCAAGUAUUAGAUGCACUAAGACGAAGAAAACAUUUUUCAAAUGAUUCUGCUCCUCUUCAAAAUGACAUGCCCAAACAUAGCAAUGAUAAUAACAAUGAUAACACAAUUAAAAAUUAUUCAAAUGUACAUAAAAAUUCUACAAAAUUGGAAAACAAUUUACAAAAUCAAGACCUUAAUCAUGUAAGGGAAAAUGAAAAAAAAGAAAAUCCACCUAAUGAAACAGAACAAAUGAAAAAUGAGUCAACUAAAGGAAGUUCUUAUGACUCAUAUAAUAUAUCUGAGGAGCUUGAAAAGGAAGUCAUUGAUUUGCUAAUAAAAAAAUACUUAGAAAAUAUUGAAAGGUGUUCAUUACAUGUAUUAACACAAGUUCCCUUUUGUUCUUUACAACUUAACUGCACAAAUUAUGAUGUUUAUCAUAAGUCACUAGACGUAUUGAAAAAGAACAGAGAAAAAAUGACUACUAUAAAUUUGAUAUAUGCAAGAUAUUUUAUUAGAAUUCUUAUAGAGAAACAAGAAAACAAUUUUCAAAAACUGCCUAAGUCACUUAAGCAGUUUGCAAAGGAAAUUAUGAAUUCUGAUAAUAAUUAA